AUGCGCGUCUCGGCCACCCGCCUCGUCUCCCACAUCGCUCGCCCAGAGUCGUACAUUGUCGCCUCGAAGCGUACCCCCUGGGGCUCCUUCGGCGGCUCGCUCAAGGACUACAAGGCUUCAGAGCUCGGUGGCAUCGCCUCCAAGGCCGCCCUCGCCGAGCUCCCCGCCGAUCUCCCCGUUGAUCAGGUCUUCUUCGGCGGCGUGACCCAGUCGGACAACUCGACCCCCUACCUCGCCCGCCACGUUGGUCACCUCGCCGGCCUUGGCCCCACCGUCCCCGCCCUCACUGUCAACCGUCUCUGCGGCUCGGGCUUCCAGUCGGUUAUCACUGCCGCCCAGACCAUUGCCCUCGGCGAGGCUGAUGUCGUCCUGACCGGUGGUGCCGAGGCCAUGUCGAUGGCCCCCUACACCCUCUCGGGCUCGAACCGCUGGGGCAUGCGCUUCGGUGUUGACCAGAAGCUCGAGGACUCGCUCUUCGCUGCCCUUACCGACCAGAACCCCGGUGGACAGAAGACCCCCAUGGGCAUCACUGCCGAGAACCUCGCCCAGAAGUAUGGCAUCACCCGUGAGGACGCCGACAAGUACGCGCUCCAGUCGCAGGAGCGCUACGCUGCCGGUCUUGCCGCCGGUGCCUUCAAGGACGAGAUUGUCCCCAUUGAGAUCAAGACCCGCAAGGGUACCGUCACCCUCGCCCACGACGAGCACCCCAAGCCCAAGACGACGAUUGAGACCCUCACCAAGCUCCCCUCCGUCUUCAUCAAGGGCACUGGUACCGUUACCGCCGGUAACGCCUCGGGUAUCUCGGACGGUGGCGCCGCCAACGUUGUUGUUUCCGAGGACGCUGUCAAGAAGUACAACCUCAAGCCCCUCGCCCGUGUCGCCUCGUACGCCUGGUCGGCUUGCGAGCCCGAGAUCAUGGGCAUUGGACCCGUCGUCUCGGUCCAGCAGGCUCUUGCCAAGAUUGGCAAGAAGGUCGACGACAUGGACCUCAUUGACAUCAACGAGGCCUUUGCUACCCAGUGGCUCGCUGUCCAGAAGGCCCUCGAGCUCCCCAACGACAAGUCGAACGUCUUUGGUGGUUCGAUUGCUGUCGGCCACCCUCUUGCCGCCUCGGGUGCCCGUAUCACUGCCAACCUCGUUCACAACCUGAUCCGCCUCGACAAGAAGUGGGCUCUUGGUGGCGCCUGCAUUGGUGGUGGCCAGGGUAUCGCCGUUGUUCUGGAGCGUAUUUAA